AUGCGAUGCAAUAACAUAAAUCGAACUGAUUCAUACGAAGAAUUCAUAAUAGAAGAAAAUGAAGAAGAACAGUCUAAAAGAAAGAGAAGAAUGAAUUUUGAACGUGCUGGAUGUGGAUUUGGGUAUAUUCAACCGUUGUGUGCAAGCACUCAUAUGAGAACAUCAAAUGAGAAACGUAUAGUUCUACAAGGUGAUCGUGAUAUCAUAAUCAAACGAUUAACAGACGACAGUAGACGGAUUGUUCCAUACAAUGCAAGUCUUUUAAGAACAUUUCAUUGCAAUCUUGAUGUUCAACUGAAUAUGAUGAUCGAACAUUUACUUGAUCCUAAUGUGCUAAAAGAAAGUAUUGAUAGUACAAAAUCUCUGCUAUUCACCACAGAUGAUCGCGAGGAUGAUCUAGAUAAUGAACAACGGAUACUGAAUGAACUGAAAACUAAGGAAAACAAACUUGUACCCAACUUUGAAAGAGAAAAGAAAGAAGAGGAUCAAGAUGCUCAAGAUGAUAACAUUACAGAAUUAUUGAACGAUGAGAAGAAGCAAAUAUUAGUAGAAAAUUUUCAAAUCUAUGAUAACAAUAAUAAUGUCGGAUCUACGAUAAUGGCGCCCGAAUUUGACUAG